UACAUAUAGUCGUAACCACACCAGAAAAACUUACUCUGAGAGUCAACGCCAACCAAAAACAACAAAUCUAGCGUAACAGAUCAAGAGCGAACGUAAAAAUUGAUAUCAGCUAGCUUCCAUCUUCCCAUAUUUUAAAAUCCCUAAUUCUGCAAUUCAAAUCCGGAAUUAGAAAACCCUAAUCCCCAAUUUUAAUUUAAAAACAUUUUAUUUAUAUGAAAAUAUCUCACUGAUCAUGAGACGUUCUCUCAUACUUCUGCUAUUAUUUCUGGUUAUAUUAUUACCAUUGAUAAGAAGUACUUCUUUAGAUUCAGCCAUCUCUCAGACCGCCGACAACAACCAGAUUUCUAAGAUAUUCAAGUCUUUUUUGCCUCCAAAACCGAAACAACAAGAUGUAGCAUUAGUGGCAGCAUUGGACGGAACUGUGUAUUUGGUGGACACUAACUCAGGCAAAGUUCGGUGGUCUUUCUCAUCUGGCUCGCCCACUUAUUCUUCUUAUCAGGCCAAGUCUAACAGCAAUGAUGGCAGCCAUAAUAUUAAUAAUAAUAGUGCUUCUGAACUCAGUAAUGACUUUUAUUAUAUAGAUUGUGGCGAUGAUUGGGAACUCUAUGUCCAUAGCAAACGCUUUGGCAAACUGCAAAAACUUGCAUUCAGUGCUGAAGAAUAUAUUAAAAUGACUCCUCAUAUAGCAGAGGAUGGGGAGAUCACGUUGGGAUUUAAAAGAACCACUGCAUUUCUUGUUGAUGCUAAGACUGGAACAGUGAUUCGUACGUAUGGCUUGGACAAUGCUACUUCUACAUUUGGGGCGCAGCAUGUCGGAAAAAAGGCUCUUCUUUUAGUUAAAGAUGCUGGCUUGGUGAAUUCUGCUGCUGCUGCUGACUUGGGAACUGUUCGGCAUCUGGUUUAUGUUACAAGGACAGAUUAUGUACUGCAACACCACUCUCCGAAUUCCAGUGAAGUCUUGUGGAAUGUGGCAUUUGCUGAUAUCGAGGCUGAGUUCCGUUGUCAAGGGUUUAGUAGUUCUUUAACUGGGCUUUCCUCAAGUGUAGAUGAGGAUGCGGAUGAUAUUGAAUUUCCUUGUCAGAUGAGGACUGCUGUCCUUCGAAUUCGUGAUCCUAGCUUGUUAAAUUUUGAUAGAUUAGCACUUGCUCAUCUUGGUGGGGGACCUCGCUUUUUGCCUGUUCCCGAUCACGUUCUUUCCCUGGGACCUGUUCAAAGAUCACCAUUAGCUCUCCCUGCUCAUAAAGACAGACCUAUACUUGCUUUGCCUGCAUCUGAGGCUGUUGAUUCUCGGAGUAUUGGUUUGCUUAGUGGAAAUGUUGGUAUAAUUAAUGGUACAACUUUACCUUCUGAAAUUAUUGCAAAAUCUCUUACGUGGCCCAUUAUUGCUUCCAUUUUGUCCAUUAUGGGCUCUGUCUUUUACAGUUAUUUAACAUUUAGAAAGCAGAGGAAGUUGAAUAAGCCAGUUGAGGAACUUAAAGCAGAAACUGGAGUUUCGAAAAAGAAGAAAAGUAAGAGAUCAGGAAACAAUAAGAACAGUCCUAACAGUGAGAGAAGACAGAAAUAUCUCCAGCUUGGGAAUGAUGCUAGAGAUGUUUUUGAUGGUUCUGUAGAGGGACGCAAAAUUGGCAAGUUAAUUGUUUCCAAUAGGGAAAUUGCAAAGGGGAGUAACGGUACAGUUGUGCUUGAGGGAAUUUAUGACGGUCGCCUUGUGGCUGUUAAACGACUUGUGCAGACCCAUCAUGACGUGGCUUUGAAGGAAAUACAGAACCUUAUUGCUUCUGAUCAACAUCCAAAUAUUGUUAGAUGGUUUGGAGUGGAGUAUGAUCAAGAUUUUGUUUAUCUUGCUUUGGAGCGUUGUAUUUGCAGCUUAAAUGACUUCAUUUUUGUGCAUUCUGAAUCCUUUCAAAACAGAGCAGUCUCCCAAGAUGUACAUUCCAAAUACUCGCCUGAGUCUACUGUUCAAUUAUAUUCAGUGUUGGAAUGUAACAAAAAUGUUGAUUUGUGGAAGGCAAAUGGGCAACCUUCACCACAGUUAUUAAGGCUGAUGAGGGAUGUGGUUCAGGGGCUAGUUCAUCUGCAUGAACUUGGAAUCAUUCACCGUGACUUGAAGCCUCAGAAUGUAUUGAUCAUCAAUGAGAAGUCCUACCGUGCUAAGCUUUCUGAUAUGGGCAUCAGCAAGCGUCUUGUUGGGGACAUGUCUUCAUUGACUCACAAUAUAACUGGUUAUGGGAGUUCAGGCUGGCAAGCACCCGAACAACUCCUCCAAGGUCGUCAAACACGUGCAGUAGACUUGUUUGGUUUGGGAUGUGUUCUAUUUUUCUGUUUCACAGGGGGAAAGCACCCUUACGGUGACAAUAUUGAACGUGAUGUAAAUAUUGUCAAUGACCGGAAAGACCUGUUCCUGGUAGAGAAUAUACCAGAAGCUGUGGAUCUUUUCUCGUGUCUUUUAGAUUCUAACCCAGAGAAGAGGCCAAAAGCUCUGGAGGUAUUGAACCACCCUUUGUUCUGGACACCUGAGAAAAGACUGUUAUUUCUUCAAGAUAUGAGCGACAGGGUUGAACUGGAAGAUAGAGAGAAUGAAUCAGAAAUCUUAGAGGCAUUAGAAAGCAUCGGAACAUUGGCAUUGAAUGGGAAAUGGGAUGAAAAGAUGGAAGCAGCAUUUAUUAACAACAUUGGUCGUUAUAGGCGCUACAAGUAUGAUAGCGUUCGUGACUUAUUGCGGGUCAUACGCAACAAGUCACAUCACUACAGAGAACUUCCGCAAGAGAUCAAAGAAUUAUUAGGAUCUUAUCCCGAAGGAUUUGAGAACUAUUUUUCAUGCCGAUUUCCAAAGCUGUUGAUUGAGGUUUACAAAGUUAUGUGUAGAUGCUGCAAAGAGGAGGAAUUUUUUCGUAAAUACACUGAGAGCAGUGAAAUCUAAAGGACCCCAUCCUUUUCUUUCCCUUCUUUUGCUGCACUUAUGUUUCUCUAACCAGAGUACUCACGGAUUUUCUAAGCUGAAAUUGUACCAUCCUGCAGCAGAUAUUGUCUGAUGUUGCUGCGAAACCUGUUGUACAUAAUUGCAUAUCAAUCAUGUAAAUGUAACUAAUUAAUAUACCUUUCACACCCCAGUAAUUUGCAAACAUUGUGCUGUUAAUUAGUACAUCAGUUCUGUUUUAUCAUCCUUAGAUUGUAGCUGUAGUACUUGGAUAAUUUAAUGGUUCUUAUAAAUGAACGACUUUGAUUCUUCACCUA